AUGGUUUUAGACGACUCAAGCUUAAAGGUUCUUGCGGAUCUCAAAAAAAAGCGCGGUGUAGUAAAGGCAGCAUUAACACGCAUUGCCACAUUUGUGAACAAUUUUGAUCCAUCAGAGCAACCAAUUUCAUUGUUGGAUUUCAGACAAGAGGAACUUCCACUUAUAAAUCGUAAAUUUGACACUAUUCAAAGCGAAAUCGAAUUGCUAGCUACCGAUGAAACGGAUGUUGCAGAAGAAGAGAGAGAAAGAUUUGAAAAUAAUUAUUUUGAUCUAAGAUCCAAAAUACAAGAAUUGAUCAACGCAGACAAGCUGCACAAUACAACUGGUCAAGAUAACUCAUUUGGAAACACCUCUAUAAGGCAACGCAUACAGCUGGCUCCUAUACCUUUGCCAAAGUUUAAUGGUAAUAUCCAAGAUUGGCCAUCAUUCUACGACAUCUUUAAGGCAAUGGUUCACCACGAUGAGUCGCUAUCUCCGUCGCAAAAGUUUUAUUAUUUAAGGUCGAGUCUAACUAACCAAGCGUUGGAUUUAGUCAAAUCAAUACCGAUUAGUGAUGGCAACUAUGAAGCCGUAAUCCAAAGAUUGAAGCAGCGUUAUGAUAAUAAAAGUCUGAUUAUACAAUCGCACAUCAAGUCAAUUUUGGAAUCCCCAAGAGCAGAAGAGGCAUCGGCUGCUUCACUACAAGGUCUAUAUUCUCAUGUAUGCUCACACGUAGCAGCAUUGCGAUCAAUAGGGCAGCCAGUAGAACACUGGGACGCGUGGCUAGUUACCAUUAUCAUAAGCAAACUCGACAAGAACACUGCUCAUGGGUGGCAGCUACACCAAAGAAACACUGAGUUACCAAAAUAUGAACAGUUAGAUGAGUUUUUAGCAGGUCGAUGCAUCGCCUUGGAGAGUUCAGAAGCGCAUACGCAAAGCACGGACAAGCCAACACAUAGCUCCAAAAACAGAGAAUCAAACACCAGGGGAAUUGGGCAAUCAAGUAUGGUAAGGAAAACGUUGCUGACCGCCAAAAAAAAUCCGCAAUCCUGUCCUUGUUGUACGGAGGAUCACAGAUUGUUUGCUUGUGAAACCUUCAAGUCUCUCAAAUUAUCUGCACGACUAGAUCUUCAAGGAGCACCCACGGAGAAGACUAUCGAAGGUGACAAUGAUAGCGUCGUAUCUGAGUCGAGCCAGCAACGCCCGAAGGUGUUAUCGGCCCAGGGUAAAAGCGGACAUGUUUUUCUAGCCACAGCAUCUGUUCUUGCUGCUGAUAGCCAUGGUGAGCUUAGAAAAUGUCGAGUUUUGCUGGACAGUGGGUCGCAAAUUAACUUUGUGUCUUCAAAAUUUGCAAAUCAGUUGCAGCUGCCCCGUCGGAAAACAUUAUUGCCUGUGAGUGGUAUCGGAGCACGCCAGAUUCAGUCAGUCUCCAGCAUCGUGCUCAAGGUAAGGUCCCGUGUGAAGCCAUUUGAAGCUGAGUUAGUCUGCCACGUGUUGCCAACAAUUAUAGAUGAUCUUCCCUGUUGUCCAAGACCACCAACGGGAUGGAACAUUCCAGAGGAAUUAGUUCCGCAAUUGGCGGAUCCCUUUUUCGACCGCACUGGAUCAGUCGAGAUUUUAGUUGGAGGUGGCAUCUUCUUCGAGUUACUGGAACCAAGUAGAGUGCAGCUACGGGUAGGGACAGCUUAUCUCCAGGAUACAAGAUUUGGUUGGGUGGUGACAGGUGAAGUCAACACCACUUGCUUGCUGUCAGCAAGAACUGCUGGCGAAAUUUGUGAUGAUGAAUUCAGGUCAUUGUGCAGCUGUCAGGCAACAGGUUACGGACUCGAGUCUAAAGCUAAUAAGAGAAGCUUAGAGGAGACUAAGGCAUUGCAACACUUCGAAGAAACAGCCAAGCGUGAUGAGACUGGUAGAUUUAUAUUGCGUCUUCCAUUUAAGUCAGAGGUGCAUGAGCUCGGAGGCACAUUAGAAAUGGCCAGGGCUAGAUUCUUAGGUGUCGAGCGAAGACUACAGAGAGACGAGGAGUUGAAGCUGCAAUAUGUACGGUUUAUGAAGGAAUAUCUAGACAUGGGGCAUAUGGAGAGACUCCGUGAAGAAUCAAACGUGUCCAGAGAGGUAUUCUACCUUCCGCAUCACCCAGUUCUAAAGCUUUCAAGCCUUACGACGAAGUUACGCGUCGUUUUUGAUGCCUCGGCUAAAAGUACAUCAAACCGGUCUCUAAACGAUGUGCUCAUGUGUGGCCCAACGGUACAGGAUGACCUAGCUGCAAUUCUGAUGCGUUUCCGCAAGCAUCAUUUCGUGAUAACAGCUGACGUUGAGAAAAUGUUUCGGCAAAUAAAGAUAGAUCCAAAGGACCAGGACUUCCAGAGAAUACUUUGGAGACCAGAACCAGAUGUCACGUUGGAAACUUAUCGGCUCACGACCGUGACUUACGGCACUACACCCGCCUCUUUCAUGGCCACAAACUGUCUCGUAUCGUUGGCAAAAAGUUCAAGACAUAGUGACCCAGAAGAGUCUGAAAUUAUACAGCGUGAUUUCUACAUGGAUGACCUGAUGACCGGAGCUGACACCAUUGAUAAAUGCUUUCGGCUUCAGCAGCGGAUAAGUGCGAUUCUCGCUUCAGCAAGCCUACCGCUACGUAAAUGGUGCUCGAAUUCGGCUGAGCUGCUAAAACGAGUAGGGAAUUCCAGCAGUGACACCCUAUUUACCUUACAAAUCGGCACAGACGACAUUUUGAAGUCACUCGGUCUCAGUUGGAAACCGGAAGCAGACGAAUUCCGAUUUUUUGUACAGCAUGAUCCUGCAAGAACAAGGAGUACCAAAAGAUUGCUUUUGUCAGAUUUAAACAGAAUCUUCGAUCCUUUAGGUUUCUUGUCACCAGUACUGAUUAAAGGAAAAAUAUUUCUACAGCAGCUGUGGCAGCUAAAGAUAGAGUGGGACAGUCCUCUUCCAGCUGACCUAGCGAGGAGAUGGGAAAGAUUUUACCAGGAGCUCAAGGAGUUAAGCUCAAUGGCGAUCCCAAGGAAAUGCAUUCCACACAUGAGUCACCAGGUGGAAAUUCAUGGAUUCUGCGAUGCAUCAGAAGAGGCUUAUGGUUCCGCUAUGUUCGUCCGAAGUAAGGAUGAAAUGGGAAUCUGGCAUUCGCGGUUACUUUGUUCCAGGACGCGUGUAGCGCCACUAAAGGGGUCAACAAUACCUAGAUUAGAGUUGAACGGUGCGUUAAUUCUAGCUCAAUUGGCAAGGAAAACGGCAGAAGCGUGGGGACUAAGAAUCAAUGAUAUACAUCUAUGGACUGACUCUAUGGUGGUUCUAGGUUGGCUUAAGAGCCAAACAUCACGACUUAAAACUUAUGUAGCAAAUCGGGUAAACCAAAUUUUGGAAAUAACAGGAGCCGAGCAAUGGAGGCACGUACGAACCGAUGAAAAUCCAGCUGACAUACUAUCUCGAGGAGUGACCCCAAGCGAGCUUCAAGAUAAGGUUCUUUGGUGGAAUGGACCUCAUUGGCUUGCAGAAGAAGAGAACCAAUGGGUUCAGCAUGUAGUACCGUUGAUAGCGGAGGAUCAGAUACCAGAGAAACGUCCAAUCAAAUUGGCAUUAGUAACAGUCAACCAGUUGGAUAACUUAUUCAAGGCAUACUCAUGCUGGAGACGAUUGGUGAGCGCAGUAGCAUGGAUCGCACGGUUCGUCAGGUAUCUUAAGGCAAAGAAGAAGGUAUGCGAGCCUAAAUUUCUGACAGUGCCCGAACUAAAAAACGCUGAGAUGAUAGUGUUAAGACAGGUACAAGCUGAGUGUUUCGGCAGAGAGAUCAAAACAUUGGAAAGACAAAACGAAGUACUCCGAAGCAGCAAAAUAAAGAGCUUAUGCCCCUUCCUAGAGAACGGAAUGUUGUUAGUCGGAGGCAGGCUAGAAAAUGCUGUCAUUCCCAUACAGCAAAAACACAUAAUUGUAUUACCUGCGGAUCAUCACGUGACAAGAUUAAUAUUCCAAGAUCGGCAUCGUGAGCUUCUGCACUGUGGGCCUCAGGAGCUACUUGCGGAAGUAAGACGGAGAUUUUGGCCACUAAAGGGGAGACUAAUAGCCAGAUCAGUCACACAGAAAUGCGUUCGCUGCGUAAAGGCAAACCCUAGAUUUCCGCACCCACUGAUGGCGCCGCUUCCUAAAGCGAGAGUUCAAUGCUCACGCCCAUUCACUGUGACGGGAGUGGAUUUCGCGGGUCCACUAAUGAUUAAAAGUGGACUGCGCAGAGUUUCAGGAUCAAAGGUUUGGAUUUCAAUAUUCAUAUGCUUUUCCACUCGAGCAGUGCAUCUAGAAGUGGUCGAAGAUCUGACAAGCAACGCCUUUGUAGCUGCUCUCCGUAGGUUUAUGUCACGCCGGGGACGAUGCUCAAAAAUGUAUAGUGAUAACGGGACCAAUUUUGUAGGAGCCCAGAAGGAACUCAGUGCUGCGAUUAACAAAUCCAUCCCAGAGUUAGCACGAGACGGUAUAGAAUGGCACUUCAACCCACCCUCUGCUCCGCAUUUCGGGGGUUUGUGGGAAAGUGCAGUUAAAAGUGCCAAAACUUAUCUAACAAAGAUGGUGGGAGAAACGAAGUUAACACUAGGAGAGUUAAUCACACUACUCUGUCAAAUAGAAGCUUGUAUGAAUUCUCGCCCUAUAUCGCCACUGAGCAGCGAUCCUUCAGAUCUCCAGGCAUUGACACCUGCCCAUUUCUUAAUUGGUGGUCCCGUGACCUUACCGCCGGAACCAGACAUAUCACAAGAGAACCCCAGCAGCCUGCGCCGCUGGAAAUAUGUUCAAUUUCUCACUCAGACCUUCUGGAAAAGAUGGCAUAGGGAAUAUUUGCCCCAAUGUCAGAUCCGUGGAAAGUGGACAUCGGUGAAUCGAACUUUAAAAAAGAACGAUGUAGUUAUAAUAAAGGAAGAUAACUCUCACCCGACAAAAUGGAAGUUAGGAGUAGUUAUCAACACACACCCGGGUAACGAUGGCACAAUUCGAGUCGUAACUAUUCGUACAGCAGCUGGCUCUGAGAUGCGUCGGCCGGUAGUUAAGCUAUGCCUAUUGCCAGUGCAAGAAGAGCAAUUAGUUGAAGACCAGCAGGCUUCAACGGGGGGAGCAUGUUGA